AUGCUCGCACGAAAUGCACUGGCAGAGGCACUUUUGAAACUCGAUACCCGGGAUGCUGUGGAACAAGCUCACGAUCACUUCAAAGACAUGCUUCGUCUUUCCCGCGAUGAUAACUUCUGCAUUCGGCAUCUGCUACCAGCCUUGAAGCUCCGACUAGGGAGGGAUCGAGAUUGCUACAGAUCUGCCGCAUGGUACGAGCAUCGCAACACUGACUUCAUGCAACUGGACAAACAUUAUGGCCAAGAUUGGAGCCUUACGGAUAAGCCAGAUCUGGAUCUCAGAAAGUACAAUGCUUUCGCUUCAGUCGAGCUCUUUACCAGCCAGUACUCCAACCUCGCUCACAGCGUAGCCAUCAUUCUAGUCAAGAUUAGACUCCUCCGUGACUUAGAAUGCUUGCAGAGGCCGGUCGAACGUCUCAUCAGCUCGAUCGUUACCAACACCAAAUUCAUCAAAGUCGUAAACAAGCAGCCACUGCUCAUCCCGCUGCUGAAAGCGCAGAUCGAAGAGUUGUACUAUGCGAUUGAGAGGAACAACUCGCACUUCUGGGAAGCUCUCCUUCAGUGCGAACCCGACGUGAGAAAGGACUUGACUGCGCCGCCAAGGGGGUAUCCCAAGGGUACUGUGCAAGCGAUGCAGGUGGUCCUUAAGUACUUCUAUGCUUCUUGGGCCGAGACUCCUGGUGCUAUCGAUUUCAUCCGAGAGCUUCGUUCCCGUGGCUUGAAUGGCUCCGAGGUACUUUUUGAAGGAAGCUGAAACCAGACGAGUUCAACGACCGAAGGACAUACGAAGCUACCCUAGACACUGGCAAGGAGGUGGGCACGGAAUGGAACUCUAUCCUCUUACCCGGUCCCCAGCUUCCUAUUGUUUCUUUGAAUUACCACAAGCAGAAGUAGAAUUCAGUAACGUAGUAUGCAAUAAGCUG